GCGAUCGGUACCGGUUGUGUGCGCUAACGGCUAUCUCGCCGACUCGCAUGAGACGAAAUUCGUAAAAAUGGCGAAUGUGCUUAAAUGUAACACGUGUAAUAUCGUUAUUAAUGAACUGUUGUGCUACAUACAGAAUAAACUAUCGGUAAUAGAUGACGACACUUUAGUGCGCCUUUGUAGAACGUCGUUUUCCAGCGAAGAGAUAAAAAAAUCAAAAUGUUUAUUGUUUGAUUCUGUGUCGACCGAUCAUCGCAAAAUAUCGCGAAAAAACAGUGGCAAGGAGGUUCGAGACUUGGAGGACAUUGUGGCACUACUACGAUCAGUCGAAAUAGAUAAAGUGCCCGUGUUCGUUGCGCGUAAACUCGAGAACUUACCUCCAAUAACGGUAGAUCAUUUAGACUGUACAAAACUGUUAAAAGAUCUCGCAAAGAUGCAAAAUGACAUUACGCUAUUAAAAUCUUCUUAUGCUACAAUAACUCAACUUGAGGAGCUACGUUUGGAUUUAAAUAAUAUGAAAUAUGCGUCAAUACCGCAAUCCACCUUUAGCAAGGUGAAUGCGAGGCGGGGAGCGUGGAUGUAUGACAGUGGCCCAAUUGGGCUAUCCCACUGUUCCACAAACUCAGAAAAAGAGAACUCUUCCUGCACGUCACAAGUAUCUCCUACUAUACCGCUAAAUAAUGAUAAUAAGAUAAACAAUAGGCAGUUAUCUCCGAAGAAAAAAUCGCCACACAAAAAUAUUCAAGUAAAGUGUCACAAUAACAACGAAAUCGCAACAUCGAAUCCGUUAUUAUCCGUUGAGGUGAGUCAUCCUCCCCUACCGGAGAUUGCUGAACCGUGUGCGCAAGCGGCCAAGGAAUGUGAUACGGAUACCCACUGCGCGGUGACAGACAACAACAGCUACCCGCGCGACGACAAUAAUAGUGAAAACGGUGAAUGGAUUACAAAGACCUAUAAGCGUAAUAAACCGAAUUACCGUUAUGCGGGAAAACGAGGCUUAGCCUGCGAUGCGCAAAACAAUGUUAAGUUUAGGGCGGCCGAGAGGAAAAUACCGAUUUUUAUCUCAAAUGUAAACAAAGAUUGCCUUGAAUCCGAUAUUAUAAACUAUGUCAAGGACAAAACACAGGAAAACAUAAUAUUAGAAAAACUAAAUAUCCAAAUAAAAACCCAUAAUGCAUUCAAGUUUUUCGUAUUGGAAAGUAAAGAGUCACUUUUCCUGGAUGCUAAAAUAUGGCCUAAGGGCAUAGUAUUUAAGAGAUUUGUGCAUUUUAGGCAAAGCACGGCGAACAGAAAGACAUCUGUUGACGGCACACAUAAUAGCAUUCAUAAUGGAAAAAACAAAUAACCAAAAAUGUAUAAAUAGUGCCAAUGGAUUGGUACAGUUAGUAAGCUUUAAUUGUAAGAACGUAAAGCGGUCAGUGGAUUCUAUACGGCAAUUAUGUCAGUCUUCGGAUGUCAUUGCCUUGCAAGAAACCUGGUUGCGGCCUGACGAUAUAC